AGCGAAAGGAUUUAUAGGUGGUGAUUGGAUUCUGUAAGAAAGGGUGGGUGCUGGUCAAAGAAAAGGCUGCCAUGGCAACACCAGCGCUUGAGGCUUGAAGAGGGAGGUGAGCUGAAAGAGGUAUGGUUUUUCUUUUGGAAGCAUAUUCCGUUAUUUCAUGAUGGCAUUUGCACCUCCAAAAAGCAUAGAUGGUCCCAAAAUGCAGACAAAGAUGAGUACCUGGACACCUCUAAACCAUCAGCUUUUGAAUGACCAGGUAUUUGAAGAAAGAAGAGCUCUGCUUGGAAAAUGGUUUGACAAAUGGACAGACUCUCAGCGGAGAAGAAUCUUGACAGGCCUGUUAGAACGUUGCUCCCUGUCACAGCAAAAGUUCUGCUGUCGAAAGCUUCAAGAAAAAAUUCCAGCAGAGGCUCUGGAUUUUACUACCAAGCUUCCAAGGGUGUUAUCUUUAUACAUCUUUUCUUUCCUGGACCCCCGAAGUCUUUGUCGUUGUGCACAGGUGAGCUGGCACUGGAAGAGCUUAACUGAGCUGGAUCAGCUCUGGAUGCUCAAAUGUUUACGAUUUAACUGGUACAUCAAUUUCUCUCCAACUCCCUUUGAGCAGGGAAUAUGGAAGAAGCACUACAUUCAAAUGGUAAAAGAACUUCAUGUUACCAAGCCUAAGACACCUCCAAAAGAUGGGUUUGCCGUUGCCAAUGUUCAACCAAUUACAAGCAGUUCUGCAGAGGAAAAACAGUCCCCUGCAUCAGCUUUCCGGUCCUCUUCCUCUUUGAGAAAGAAAACUCAGCCAGGGGAGAAAGAACUCCCACCCUGGCGAUCCUCUGACAAGCAUCCAACUGAUAUCAUUCGCUUCAAUUAUCUGGACAACUGUGACCCCAUUGAGCAAAUCUGGCAAGGAAGGAGGAAAAGACAUGAAAUGAACCCAGAUUUCAGCCGACAAUCACAUGAUAAGAAAAAUAAAUUGCAGGACAGAUCUAAGCUAAGAAAAGCACAGUCACUGAUGUCCCUAAGCGCGGAACCAAGCGCCCCUCUCCGAGUUCCCGCUCAUCUCGCCUGGUCUCCUCAUCCGUGGGCAGGGCUUCCAGCCACCGAAGCAGCCACGAAAAUCCUCCUGCAGCAUCUUCAGAGGCACUCUGGGCUUCAGGCAUUACCCAUCCAGGCUCCAGAGCCGAAGUUAAUUUAAACAUGCGAAAGGACUGUGACAGAAAUGACAAGGCGGAGCCCUCAUGGUCAGCCCUCAGGAGCCAGGGGCAGCUGAGCAGCUGGUAUGGCCUAUGGCUCCAGGAUUCUGCCCUGCUUUGCCCCCC